CACAGAGUACCCCUGAACAAAUGGCAGCUGGCAAGAGCCAUGGAGGAAUUGGUGGCAACUACAAGAUCACACUCUUUGAGUUGGAGAACUUCCAGGGUAAGAAGUGUGAGCUCACUGGGGAGUGCCAGAACUUGUCAGAGAAAGGACUUGAGAAAGUUGGAUCCAUCCAGGUGGAAUCUGGACCAUGGCUCAGUUUUGAACGUCAAGCAUUUGGCGGGGAACAGUUUGUCUUGGAGAAGGGCGACUAUCCACGAUGGGACACCUGGUCUAACAGCCACAGAAGUGACUAUGUGAUGUCCAUCCGUCCCUUGAACAUUGACAGUGCUGACCACAAAAUCCACCUUUUUGAGAAUGCAGGCUACAAUGGAAGGAAAAUGGAGAUUGUGGAUGAUGAUGUACCCAGUCUGUGGGCUCAUGGC